UGGUCUGUUUUUGGUACAUAACAGAUUCGCCAAAUAGAAGAAGAGUGUUGUCGUAGCAACCUGAAGCUUAAUCGAAGGAAAACUGUCCACAGCUUUUGUUAUUCAGUAAAACAGAUGCCUAGAAGCAGGCUCUACUUUGUUAUUUGACAGAAACAAAUUUUAACACUGUCCAAUGUCGGUGGUAAACACUCUGGUUCCAGCCCGUUUCUUGACUCUCGUCGCGCAUCUUGUAAUAGUAAUCAUCAUAUUCUGGUCUCGGGAGAACAGUGUCAGAGCUUGCCUACCACUAGACUACACUAAUGAAGAAUACAGGUUGGAGGACACGAGGCUUGUGGUGGCAUUAUCCGUGACCUUGGGCCUGUUUGCCAUCGAGCUGGUUGGGUUCCUCUGUGGAGUUUCUAUGUUCAACAACAAUCAAGCUCUUCUGUCUAUUGGAUGUCAUGCCAGUGGCUCUGUGGCUUUGGCCUUCUUCUUAUUUGAGCAAUGGGCCUGCACCAUCUACUGGUGGAUCUUUGGCUUCUGUAGUGUGAUUCCAGCACUAUAUGAGAUGAUCCUCUUUGUUGUAGUGUUUGGAUUUAAGAGGAAGCCUCUUUGAGUGUCUCUGCCCUCUUGGUUCAGGCGAGUCAGAUAUUGUCCUUCCAUCACCGAUGUACCAGAAUCACCUGAAUUCAGAAUAACUUUCACUGGACCAAUAAACCUGUUUCUAAAUAAGUACUUUAAAAAAAAAAAUGAAAUUAUAAUAUUUUGUACCCUUUGUAAUGAAUUAAAGCAUUUUGUAUUUUGAUACAACUGAUGACAAACUGGUUCUGUUUAUGCUUCACGUUUUUCAGAUCACACACGUUUACUCAUAAAACCUGUUAAUUAUAAGCAGAAGAAAUAUGAAUUUUACUAUAUAAUAAAUCCGAUGACUCAGUGAGGCCUGCAUCGCCAGCAAUAACACUAAUGCCCAGAAAGCCACUAAAAACAUAUUUAAAACAGUUCAUGUGACUACAGUGGUUCAACCUUAAUAUUAUAAAGCGACUAGAAUACUUUUUGUGCGCCAAAAAUAACAAAAUAGUGACUUUAUUCAACAAUAUUUAGUGAUGUGUGAUUUCAAAACACUGCUUCAUGAAACUUCAAAGCUUUACUAAUCUUUUGUUUUGAAUCAGUGGUCAAACUGCCAGAGUCACGUGAACUAUUGAAGUUUCAAAACAAUUAUGACGUAACGAAGCCUCGUUUACUGAAAUCAUGGGAUUUUGGCGCUCUGAACCACUGAUUCAGUGGUUGAAUAAUUAAUGACAUAAUUUUCAUUUUUGGGUGAACUAACCCUUUAACACAAAUAUCUAAUCAGCCAAUCACAUGGCAGCAACUCAAUGCACUUAGGCAUGUAGAUAUGGUGAAGACGAUCUGCUGAAGUUCAAACUGAGCAUGGUAUUUAAGUGACUUUGAACAUGGUUUACUCAUAAAACCUGUUAAUUAUAAGCACAAGAAAUAUGAAUUAUACUAUAUAAUACUAAUUGCACUCCCCAAAUGCAUAGAAGUUCAUACAAAAAUUAAAAUUUUGUCAUCAUUUACUUAACCUCAUGUUAUUCUAAACCUGUAUGACUUUCUUUCUUCUUGUGAGUGAACACUGAAUGUUUUGAUCAUAAUAUGUUGACAUUUCAGCUGGAAUUGGAAGGUGUUAAACUCCUGGAGAUUCACAGUGAGAAUUAGCCAAACAUCUGCUUGAGUCACAAGAUACAUGUACGCUGUAACUUUAACAAGUUAGCAUAUUUAUUUUAAGCAUAUUUGCCAGAUAGUCUAUACACUGUUUUUUCAGGCACCUGUCAAUUUUGAGAUUUUGCACUUUUCACACCAAACUUUACAGUUUUAUUCCUAUCUAUAUUCUGAAGGCUUUUACAGCAGGAUUUGUUGAUAUGUAAUUUGCCUGUUAUUAUACAACAUUUUAUUCCUAAAAAAAAUGGUGAAUUUUUUUUUUUUUUUCUGGCUGUUGAUAGUAUUUUCUCAUUUAUGGAGUGAUAAAAAGAGAUAUUCCCUCUGUAAAAACCUUUGAAUUUAAUAUGUCCAAAAAAUUAAACGAGAAUUUUAAAUCUGA